AUGUGUGCGGUGCCAGCACUGGGCAGCACACUGGGGAGGUGGCAGUGCUGCCGGCAGGGCGCUGGUGGUGCCAGGGGUGGCCAGGGCGGGCAGCGUGCGGGUCCCUCCCCAGGGCCACCUCACCCACCCUGCCGAUGGCAGCUGGCACAACUGGACUUUGAGCCGCUUAUCGGCUGGCGGAGGUGCCACCCACAAGGGUGUGUGGGGGCUACACCCAGUCGCUCCCCACCAUGGCACCCCCCUGCCAGGGGCACCCGGCACUGGGUGCAGCCCCCCAAACCCCUCGGGGGGACCCGGUGGGUGCUGCCCUGCUGGCUGCCAGGCCCAGGGGCUGGGGGCAUCGGGGCACCCCCCCCGGUACUCUGGGGGUGCAUGAAAGGGCCCUUUGUGCCUCCCGCCAUGGGGAGGGCCUAGGUGCCGUGCCAGGCUGGCAGCACCGGUGGCUCCACGCCUCAGGGCUCGGCGUCACCGUGAGUGCCGGCACCCUUCGCCCAGCCCCGCGUUAAUGAUCCACCCACCCGCGCUGGUGCUGCCGCCAGCCCCCAGCAGCCACCCCCGGGAGCCCUGCGUGGUGGCGGUGGCAGCGGAGCUGGGGGUCCUGGGCACGGGUGGCCCGGGGGGGCCGGCAGCUCCCUGCCCCGCGCCCCACCCCUCUGUCCCGGCACCCAGAUAAGAGCGGCUGUGGGCAGCACCCAUUUCCUGGCCGCGGUGUGGGUGGGAGAGCUGGCCGGGACCAUGGCCAUGGUGACAGUGAACCUCCGUGCUGUGACCUCCUGGGUGGGCAUCGCCCGGAUCUUUGCCAUCGUGUUGUCCUGCCUCGCCUUCAGCUUGGUGGCCUCCACCGGGGACUUUGGGGGUCCCUAUGGGACAUGGUGCAUGUUCACCUGGUGCUUCUGCUUUGCCGUGACGUUGCUGGUGCUGGUGCUGGAGCUGCUGGAGCUCUACUCCAAGCUGCCGCUCUCCUGGGAUGACUUCACCUCGGCUUUCUCCAUGCUGGCAGCAUUGAUGGUCUUCACCACCUCAGUGGUCUUCCCCUCCACCUUCAUCAGCAGCCCUUGCAGCAGCAGCAAGUGUGCCCGGCAGGCUGUGGCCACCACCGCCUCCUGCCUCUGCUUCCUCGCCUACGCCCUCGAGGUGGGGCUUACCCGUGCCAAGCCAGGGGACAUCAGCAGCUUCCUCUCCACUGUCCCUGGGCUCCUCAAGGUCUUUGAAGCCUACGUGGCUUGUCUCAUCUUCUCCUUGCUGGAUGCCUACAGUUCAGAAGCUGGCCUGCAGUGGUGUGUGGCCGUCUACUCCAUCUGCUUCAUUGUCACUCUCCUCAUCAUCAUCUUCACCAUCGGCCGGUGCCUCACCUACAUGCCCUGCCCACUGGAGAAGAUGCUGGUGGGCUACAAUACCCUGGCCCUGAUGAUGUACAUCACUGCCACUGUUAUCUGGCCUCUCUACAGCUUCAGGGGGAAGAGCCGCCCCGACCCCUGCGACAGGAACUGCUGGUGGAACAAGUGCCUGGGGGUCACCUUCCUCACCAUCUUCAACCUCAUCGCCUACUUGGUGGACCUGGUCUACUCCACCAAGAUGGUCUUCAUCAGGGCAUCUCCCUAAGGGCUGCAGGUGGCCCCGGUGGGGUGAGGGGUGGUGGGACGCGGCUGAGUGCCGGUGCGGGGCUGCCGGUGGAGCUGAGGAAGAGGCUGGACGCCUCGGAAAGCUCCUUCUCCCCACGCCGGAGCAGGGAGCCACAGGGUGCUCCCGGGGGUGCGCUCAGCCCCGUGCCCCAGGGGGCUGAGCCAGGCAGGGGGGGCCGGGGUGCUCCCAGACCCCUGCGGCCAGGGGGGGCUUUGGGAUUAAAUUGGGUCAUUUUUCA